UCGUAGCUGGAAAGCACCCUCUAUGAUCCUGGUUAUGUUUGCUAAUCAAAUAGGAGAACACGCUAGGGACCCUAAAUACAAAAUAUUUUUAUCCCUGUGAAAUAGAUGUUUCUAUUGGACAUUGAAAAUUGUAAGUUCCCUCUCAUUUUUUUUGUAUAUCACGUGUUUCCGGUAAUCCCCCAUCUAGGAUUGAAAAAACGUAAUAAACGUGCAGAUCGUAACUCGAUUGAAUAAAUCUAUCCUGCAAAUUAUCUUUAUAUAAAUAUCAAGUAAUAAUGUUCGCGUUUUUGAGACAAGUGAUGGAGGAGAGGCGCGCAAAUCUUCAACUUGCAGAAGCGAAACCAAUUGAAGCUGAUACAAGCAUGAAUAUUAGCAAAAAAUUUUUUAAAGUUCUAAAAUUGUCGUUUGAAAUAAAGUAUCUAAAAGACGAUGUAAAACCUUCCAGGAAAGAAAACAAGAUCAAAGUGAUAGAGAAAAGAUUGGAAGUAUUAUAUAAUAAUGUAAUCGAUAUUUCAACGAAUCCAAAACUCGAUGAUAUCAUUGCUUUAGCCGCAGCUUAUCAUAAUAUAGGUCAAAUAUAUGUUGAUUCUACAAUACUUGAAGAAGUAAAUCUUGCUUUAGUAUGUUUGUCAAGAUGUUUGGAACUGUUACGAGGAAACCAGCUGAACCCUAAAGCUAUAUUGACAUCCCUUGAUGCCCUCAAUGAAUUAAAUUUUAUACUUUCUAACAAAUUGAAAACCAAGAAGUAUACUUUUGAAUUCUUGAAUACUGCAAUGGAGCUAUAUUUGAAGUACACAAUUAGAGACGAUUAUCCUGAUCCUGUUCAUAUAGCAGCUAUUGUUGGUUUUAAAGAAGAAGAAUCAAAUCCCAAGAUUAUAUUGGAUGGUUUUCAUCAUACAACUUUACAGGACUUAGGAAUUCUAUAUUUACUAAAGCCAAAAGAUAAACAUGGAUUUGUAUCGUACAUGCAUAAUUUAAUAGAGCGCCAACUGUCACAAAUAAUAUCUGAAAACAAAUUUGAUGAUAAGAGUAUAAAUUUGGCUUUAGCCUUAUUCGAUUUGUCACAAUACUUCAUAGCAAACAGUCGUUUUGUAGAAGCUAGAAAUUACAUUGCCACAGCAGAUUAUGUGUUACGUAAAUUUUCUGAAGGAAAGUUUAAAAUUACAGAAGAAGUUUCUCCAUCAAAAAAAUCCCAAUUUGACUAUUUGUAUGAUAAUUGUCAUUACAUAAAUGCUAUUAGUGGUAAAUAUUGGGGCACCUAUGGAGUUGCAUUUUUACGUUUUUGGAUGUAUAAAUUUUUACAAUAUAAAGAAGAUUCUUGUGAGUUGGAUAUUUCAAAAUUAGAAAUCAAAUCUGUGGAGGAAUCAACAAAACUGCUAAUAUUUUCCAACCUAGAGGAAGAACUAGAACAAAUAACUAAUCAGAUCAAAGACAUACAUAUAUUAAAUCUCACUGAAGCCAAAUCAGUUUUCAUACAAACUUUAAGAUAUCUUGAUACAGCAAAUGAAUGUUUUACUGCAGAUACUGAUAUUGAGUCUCAUAUGAAGAUAACGCUUGAUAUUUCUGAAGCGUAUAAAUACUUAGCAGGUUUUGAACAGCAUAGAGAUAAACAAAUAAAACUACAUAAACGGCGAGUAGAAUGCUUAGAGAAACUUUGUCAUAAAUUUAAUACAACAGUUGAUGCAGAUUCAGAAUUAUUACUUUAUAAGCGAAUUUGGUAUGAACUGGUCACUUCGUGUUCCACUGUUAUAGAUUUAAUGCUUGAGGAGUCAUAUUACAACGAGCCAUUUAAAGAUAUAUCAGAGGAAGCGAAACGAUUUAUGAAAUUGAUCUCGUUAUCUAUUAAUAUGUAUUUAAAUAUUGAUAGUUAAAAAAAAUUAGUUCUUUCUUCAAUUUAUAUGGUUUCUCUUUAUAACAUUUUUUGGACAAUAUUAUUUUAAUGCAUUUUUUUAUUAGACGAAAGUCAUAUAAGAGACAUGAUUUAUGAAUUAAACACUGCCUUUUCAUUAAUUAUAGCUAUAUUUUAUAAAUUUAUCUAACAUUAAGUAAUUCUUAAAUGAGUCAUGUUCCUUAUCAAUAUUAUUUCGAUAUAUAUGACAGAAAUGUAUAAAGUUACUACAUUUAUUAUAUAUAAAAUCAGUCUUACUUUAUAAUUAACAAUAGUUUAUAAAAUGUACAAAU